GAUCUCAUGCCCAUCUGCCUUCCCUCGUAUUACGAGAACUUUGAUGGAGAAACCUGCACUGCCAGUGGAUGGGGACUUACCAAAGACAGAAGCCAAGGGGGAGUCGACACAAAUCCCGAUCUGCUAUAUGUAGACAUGCCCAUCGUGCCAUACAAGGAAUGUCUAAGGGACUACAUGGGCGUGAACACAGUCGACAGAACCACAAUGAUUUGCGCGGGAACCGAAGAAGGUGGAACAGGGACAUGCCAGGGUGAUUCCGGAGGACCUCUGCAGUGUCCCAGGUCUGACGGCCGCUACGUGCUGGCAGGAAUGACAUCGUGGGGUACCAUAUGUGCUGCUCCAGAACAGCCUAGCGUCUUCUCGAGGGUCUCAACGCAGCUGCGUUGGAUUUGGCUAGUUGCUGGAGAGACUCCGUGA